GCCUGCCCCGACUCUCCUCCCGCAACCCUCACAACUGCCCAGGCCACCAGCAAUGAGUUCGUUCCCCAGACUCUCUCGGCCUCUGUCCGAGCUCAACUCCCACUACGAUGUCGUCGUCAUCGGCUCCGGGUACGGCGGUAGCAUUUCCGCCGCCCGAUUUGCCUCCACCGGCAAGUCCGUGGCACUCCUUGAACGGGGCAAGGAGAGAUGGCCCGGCGAAUAUCCUCGGACUCUCCUCGAGUGCACUCCAAAUAUCCAGGUCACUGCUGCCGGCGAGACGGUUGGAGAGCACACCGGUCUCUUCCACUUUUACUUUGGCGACCAGCAGAAUGCGGUCGUCGGCCACGGCUUGGGCGGAACAUCUCUCAUCAACGCCAACGUGGCUCUUCGGGCCGACAGCCAAGUCUGGACCCAGCCUGUAUGGCCCGAGGAUCUACGCAAUGACAAGGAGGGCAUCGAUCGAGCUUUUCGCAGAGCCCAGGAGCUGCUCCAGCCCGAGCCAUACCCCGACCACAUCCCCACGCCCACCAAGCUCAAGGUUCUUGAGAAACAGGCCCAGCAUCUUGGCGUCCACGACCACUUUUAUCGUCCGCCCGUCACCGUCGCCUUCGAAAGCAGAGUCAACAACGCCGGCAUCUGGCAGCCCAAGUCGACCCUGGACGGCAACGACUGCACGGGAGAAAACGACGGCAGCAAGGGCACCACCCUCAUGAACUACAUCCCGCGCGCCUACGACUACGGAUGCGAGAUAUACUGUGAAGUCAAGGUCGAGUAUCUCAAAUACAACCCCGAGACCCGCAAGUGGCUCGUUUUCUACGCUGGUCUCGACGCAGACUCGUGCACCUUUGGCACCAAGCCGCUGCUCUUUGUCACCGCCGAUGUCGUCGUCCUCGGCGCCGGAGCCAUCGGCUCGACCGAGAUCCUGCUGCGUUCCAAGGCUCAUGGACUCGACCUCAGCGAUCGGGUCGGCCAGCAGUUCAGCGGCAACGGCGACUUGCUGGCCUUCAACUACAACUGCAACGAGCCCGUCAAUGCCAUCGGCACCACGCACCCAACUCCCCAAGCCCCGGCCGGCCCUUGCAUCACAGGCAUCAUCGACAUGCGCAAGGGCGAGCGAACUGAGAACGACGGCUACGUCAUCGAGGAUGGCACCAUCCCGGCUGCCCUGGGCCCGCUGAUGGCGCCGGGCCUCAAGGCGUCGGCCAUCGUCAACCACAACGAGCCCCCAGCCAACUCCAGCUUCCUUGGUCGCCAGCUGCGCGAGCUCCAGACGACCCUCUUUGGGCCCUACACCGGCGCUACCCUCCAUACCGAGACCUACUUGGUGAUGUCUCACGACAACAGCCACGGCGAGAUCAAGCUCCUCAACGACAACGUCCAGCUCUCAUUCCCCGACGUUGGAAAGACCCUCAAGGUCCAGGAGAUCUUUGCGCAGACAACCGACGCCUCGCACUCUGUUGGCGGAACAGCUGUGCCCCUGCCCAUCUGGAGCCCUUUGGCCAACAAGAGUUUGGUGACCGUGCAUCCCCUUGGCGGCUGCUCUAUGGCCGCCGAUAGCACUGCCGGAGUUGUGGACUCGAAGUCGAGGGUUUUCAAAGGUCCCAGCUCUAGAUCAACCACGGCCGUGCAUGAGGGGCUCUAUGUCAGCGACGCUGCUGUCUUCCCCAUGGCGCUUGGUGUCAACCCUUUCCUUACCAUCUCUGCACUGGCCGAGCGAAUGUGCGAGAUUGCUACGAAAGAACGUGGAUGGACCAUCGACUACGAGCUGCCCUCCAAGACUUUGGACUUCAAGAACCCCCGCGUUCCAUCCAAAAACGUCAAGCGCGCACGUCUCCGUGCCCUUGGCGUCGACGACAAGCCUAGCUUCUUCACCAGCGAGUAUCUCACUGGCCGGAUCGACCUUGCCAAGGCGACUGUCGGAGAAUCCAGCGACAGCUCGAUCAAUGUCCUGCUGCUCAUCACAGCCCACGAUCCUGCCACAUUCCUCGACUUUGACAACGAGGCCAACACAGUGUCCGGCUCGCUGCAGUGCAAGGCCCUGUCCGAUGACCCGUUGCUGAUCACUGGAGGGCAUUUCCAGUUUGUCUUUGGCAAAGAGCAGCGCGGUGGCCAGGCUGCUGCAUUCUCGGAUAGCCAAGGGCUGCUUGCCGAGAGUGCAGCGACAGCAGGAGACUCCAAGACCAUUUUGCACCUCGAGGCUAUCGACACGAACGGCAAAGUGUACGCCUUUGAGGCCACCCGCGAGACCAGUGGCCUCUUCAACGCCGUCGAGGAUCUCAAGGUUGUUCUCAAACACAAGGGCGCCGUUGUUGGACAGGGGCGUCUGUCGGUUACAUGGUCGGAUUUGAUCAAGACCCACCUUCUGGAGCUCCUGGAUAGUCAGAAGAGCUUCCUCGGACGACUUUACUCGGCCAUCUUUGGAUCCGGCCCAAGCCGCACGUCGCCCACGCCGAUCUUCGCCACACCGUCGCCUCUGCUGCAACCCGCCAACGCCAAGCGCCGAUCCCCCGAGUCGUUCAAGAUCCGCGCCAGCGACGGCGUCGAGACACUUCUUACCCGACACCUUGGCGGGGCGAGCGGACCUGUUCUCCUGAUCCAUGGUGCGCCUUUCUCGCGUUCCGUUUUCGAGAGCUCCCUGCUGGAGCAUAGUCUGCUCGAUGUCCUGCUGGAGCGUCAGCACGAUGUAUUCCUGCUCGACCAUCGGCUCUCGGCACUGCUUGCCGCUCGCUUCGAGCAGCACGAUCUCGACGGCGUCGCCAGCGACAUCAGCAGCGCGCUUGCCAAGAUCGGCGAGGCUACGAAUGGCGCCACCGCACAUGUCGUUGCCCACUCGUCCGGAAGCUUGGCGCUGUUCAUGGGCCUGUUGGAUGGCCGCAUCUCCUCGAGCCAGAUCAAGUCCAUCACCUCCCUGGCUGGUGCGCCCUACGUCGUCCCGAGCCUGAGCACACUCCUCAAGAACCAGAUGUUGUAUGGUCCUAACGCUCCGGCAUUGUAUGAGAGUGUUGUCCACGCGCCAACCCUGGUCUCGUCUGCCACCGACGCUCUCUUGAGCUGGAAUCCGUUCGUGCCGUUGGCCGAGCGAUGCCAUAACCCGGACUGCGAGCGCCUGUCGAUCCAUCUGGGCCGCCAGUGGACCCACAGCCGCCUCAGUCCUGUCGUCCACAGUCAUCUGGAGGAAUUCGUCGAUGUCAUCAACUUGAAGGCCGCCGUCCAACUUUCUCAUAUCAUCAGGAACCGCAAACUGGUCUCGGCCACUGGACACGGAGUCUACAUUUCGGGCGAGGUACAGCUGGCCGCAAAGCUCAAUCUCCCGAUCACCUUUAUUCACGGAUCCAACGACGUCGUGUUCUUGCCAGAGACGAGCACUGCCACUCAGCAGACCUUGGCUCGCCACAAUGAUCCCUCGCUCUACCGAGUCCACAUUGCUCGCGGAUACGGCCACUCCGACCUGCUGCUCGGUGACAACGCCUUCCUCGACGUGUUCCCGGCCAUCCUUGAUACCCUUGUGCGGGCACAUUGAGCCCAAGACCCGAUGCAGCACCCUGCAGCCAGUUUCCACGCCUGAAGUCAGCGGCGAGACCCCCCCCCAGCAGCACCGCACAGCGCGGCAUCCUAUACAACUUCUCCGGCUUUGCGGUUGUGUUUUGCGUUCUUUCGUUCAAUCUGUCAGCACAUCUUUCUCGUCCCCAAUUCUUUGCUGGCGUCAGUGUUUCUCCUGCUCUCCAUUUCGCUUCUUGUUUUCUUCAAUCCUUUCGCGUUGUUGUUGUCUCGUAUAACACGAUUGGAUAGACUGUUCAGCUACUGUGGCUCCGUCAGUCAUUCUGAGCAUGAUGCCUGCCCCUGUCCCCAGUCCCAUCCACUCUCAGGAAUGCGGCUGCUUGGUUGAGCCAACAGAGAGCCAGA